AUGUCUCCUUACAGUGUCUCCAUACUUCUUACUGUCAUCCUGCUCGGUACAUGCCACUGCCAAUCUAUCUGCAGUUUUAAUGAUGUGCUGCAGAAUCUGACAAACAUACCAGGUCCUGAAGAGCGGCCAGUGAAGAACUGGAGAUCUCCCUCUAUUGUCUACAUAGAUCUGUCCUUGUACUCCAUCGUCAGUUUGGACACCAGCCUACAGACUCUCACCACAUAUAUCUGGUUCAACAUGGCUUGGGAAAACGAUUUUAUAUCCUGGAAUCCGGACGAUUUCUGUGGAAUUCAGCAACUUUUAAUCCCUAAUUCUAAUUUUUGGUUACCUGACCUCUUCAUCUAUGAAAUGACAGAAACUGGCAACAGCAUUCCACUCCUUCAGUACUUGACAAUUACGAGUUUUGGGAGAAUCAUUAAUGCAAUGCCACUACAGAUUGUUAGUUCUUGUGAUAUGAACAUCUUCAAGUUCCCCUUUGAUAUCCAGACCUGCACUUUGAGCUUUGGUUCCUAUGUUUUUUCAGUUGAGGACAUCAUCAUGUUAUCAAAUUCCAAUUCCAGCCAGGUCCGUAAGAACACGCAGGAAAUUUUCGCCAGUAAAGGAGACUGGUCAUUGUUGAACAUCACUGUGAAGGACGAUAAUUUCACAAGUGAAGGUGUAGAGCACAGUCAGGUUAUCUACAAGAUAACAAUACAAAGAUCCUCCAUAGUUUACGUCAUCAACCUGAUCAUCCCAGCAUGCUUAAUGGUUUUAUUGGAUCUUGCCAGUAUGUUCAUCCAUAUAGGAAAUGAGGAGAGGCUUGGCUUCAAAAUAACCGUUGUCUUGGGAUUCUCUGUUCUCCUGCUGAUCCUGAAUGGCAUACUCCCGAGUUCCGACAAUCCCCCAGUCUUAGGUAUUUUCUGCUGUGUGUGUCUUGCCGCCAUGGUGAUCAGUAUAAUGGGUUCCAUUGCAAUCUCUUAUAUGUUAAUGCUGUCUGAAUCUCACCCGGAUGUGCCAGCUUGGAUAAAACUCUGGAUCAUGAAGCAUCUAGCACGUGUUCUGUUAUUCAAGGUCAAAUAUCAUCAACAAGAUCAGCUGGUUUCUGAGGAAGUAAGAAAACGUGAUAGAGAUUACAAGAAAGGUGAAGCAGACAAGUCAACAGAGAAGAGGAAAAAGAACAUUCAGACAGGCCUGAAAGUUCCAACAGAAGUGAAACUACUAAAGAAGCUGUUAGAGGAAGUCCUCAAGAUCCGCCAGGAACUGCUUGUCCCAAACGCCAAGAGUAAAUCCAUGUCCGAUUGGCACUUUGCAGCAACGGUUGUGGACCGGCUCAUCCUUAUCAUCUACUUUAUCACAGUUAUCAUUAUGUUUGCUGUUGUUAUCGUGGUAUGGAUCGCAUGAUAGGCACUUACAAUGGGCAAUAGAACUUUACACAGAAUUGAUACUUGUGCAAGCAUUCUAUGGUUCUAAAUAUCAAAUGUUAGUGAGCAGGGGAUGAUUAGCUACCAUUGCUGCUAUGUACCCGCAAACUGCACUAACAAUGUCCAGAGGAACUAUAAUAUGGGCCUAAUUCAUAUCUGGACACAAACCCGAUGGUUUUCGUACAAAUACGAUGUUUGCAUGUGCAGAACGAGUCUUGCCAUGUCCCUUGCAGCCCCCUGUCAGCGGCAGCAUGAUUGCCAUAUUGUGGCAUUUGGGGGGGCCGAGCGUGAGCUGCACCGGGCACUGCUGCAUUAGAAUUUUAAUUAAACAAAUAUUGCAGAACUGCUUCAUUGCGGCUGUGCAAAUCCUUAUAUGAAUCAGGCCCUAUAUGUCACAUGUAUUAACCAAUUCUGCUACUGAAUAUUUAUUGUUAAAGAGUGUAUAUCUUUAU